GACAAUGGACUAUGACUUUAAAGUGAAGCUGAGCAGCGAGCGGGAGCGGGUCGAGGACCUGUUUGAAUACGAGGGCUGCAAAGUUGGCCGAGGCACUUAUGGUCACGUCUACAAAGCCAAGAGGAAAGAUGGGAAAGAUGAUAAGGACUAUGCUUUAAAACAAAUAGAAGGAACUGGGAUCUCUAUGUCGGCAUGUAGAGAAAUAGCAUUACUUCGAGAGCUUAAGCAUCCAAAUGUCAUCUCUCUUCAAAAGGUGUUUCUGUCUCAUGCUGAUAGGAAAGUAUGGCUUCUGUUUGACUACGCUGAACAUGACCUCUGGCAUAUAAUCAAGUUUCACAGAGCUUCUAAAGCAAACAAGAAGCCAGUUCAGUUACCUCGGGGAAUGGUGAAGUCACUAUUGUAUCAGAUCCUAGAUGGGAUUCACUACCUGCAUGCUAACUGGGUGUUGCACAGGGAUUUGAAACCUGCUAAUAUUUUAGUUAUGGGUGAAGGUCCUGAGCGAGGAAGAGUAAAAAUUGCUGAUAUGGGCUUUGCCCGAUUAUUUAAUUCACCUUUGAAGCCUUUAGCAGAUUUGGAUCCAGUAGUCGUAACAUUCUGGUACCGAGCCCCAGAAUUACUUCUUGGAGCGAGACAUUAUACCAAAGCUAUUGAUAUUUGGGCUAUAGGGUGUAUAUUUGCAGAACUACUAACGUCAGAACCAAUAUUUCACUGUCGACAAGAGGACAUCAAAACUAGUAAUCCUUAUCACCAUGACCAGCUGGACAGAAUAUUCAAUGUAAUGGGAUUUCCUGCAGAUAAAGAUUGGGAAGAUAUAAAAAAGAUGCCCGAACAUUCAACAUUAAUGAAAGAUUUCAGAAGAAAUACGUAUACCAACUGCAGCCUUAUCAAGUACAUGGAAAAACAUAAAGUUAAACCAGAUAGUAAAGCAUUCCACUUGCUUCAGAAGUUGCUUACCAUGGACCCAAUUAAGCGAAUUACCUCAGAACAGGCUAUGCAGGAUCCCUACUUCUUAGAAGAUCCGCUUCCUACAUCAGACGUUUUUGCCGGUUGUCAGAUCCCUUACCCCAAACGAGAAUUUUUGACAGAAGAAGAACCUGAUGACAAAGGAGACAAAAAGAACCAGCAGCAGCAGCAGGGCAAUAACCAUACUAAUGGAACUGGUCACCCAGGGAAUCAAGACAGCAGUCACACACAGGGACCCCCGUUGAAAAAAGUGAGAGUUGUCCCUCCGACCACUACCUCAGGUGGACUAAUCAUGACCUCAGACUAUCAGCGUUCCAAUCCACAUGCUGCCUAUCCCAACCCUGGACCAAGCACAUCACAGCCACAGAGCAGCAUGGGAUACUCAGCUACCUCCCAGCAGCCUCCACAGUACUCACACCAGACACACCGGUACUGAGCUGCGCUGGAAUGUUGUCCGUGCACCGUUGCUAGCGCUGUGGACUGACGGUGCAGCUCCCUGCGGGAACCCGGCAUGGGCCACGGGAGUGUACUGUGCGCUCACAUCCUCAGACUGUCCAGUAGCCAAGUUCCACCACUUUUCACAGACCGGGGUAGUGGCUUCCAAGUUGUACCUGUUCCGGAGUUAGACUUGAAAGAAAGUGCUAGCACAGUUUGUGUUGUGGAUUUGCUACUUCCAUAGUUUACUUGACAUGGUUCAGACUGACCAAUGCAUUGUUUUCAGUGACAGUCUGUAGCAGUUGAAGCUGUGAAAUGUGCUAGGGCGAGCAUUUGUCGUUGUAUGUGGUGAGUUCUUUCAGUGUAACAGCGUUCUCUGACCAAUAGUACACACACACACAAGUUUAACUGGUACUUGAAACAUACGGCGUAUGUUACUCAACAAAAUCACCAAGACGCAAAGUGAGAUUAUUUUGGUACACCUUUCAUUUUAGUGUCUUAUCAGUGGGUUGAUUCAUUUUUCUACAUUAAUCAGUGUUUUUUGACCAAGACUAUUGCUUGGGUUUUUUUUGAAAGUACAGAAGCCACAUAGUUUUUCCAGAAAGGUUUCAAAACUCCCAAAGAUUAAUUUCCAACUUAUAAGUUCGUUUUUAUUUUCAAUCUAUGACUUGACUGGUAUUAAAGCUGCUAUUUGAUAGUAAUUAAAUAUGUUGUCAUUGAUAUAAACCUGUUUGGUUCAGCAAACAAACUGAAAUGAUUGUCAUAGACAGUGUUUUAUUUUUCCUGUUGGUGUUGCUGAUUAGUGAGCAUGCUUUAAGAUGAAAAAAGCAUGAAUGAUAACUUCCUCUGAAAGGUGCGGCAUCCGAUUCAGAUAUCCUGUCCCGAUUUUAAAGCUGGUUGGUGUAGUGCUAUUAAAAUUUUGUUCAGUUAAUUUUCCUUUUUAAAACUCGUUCGCACGUUGUUUAGGGUGCCCUUACUUCAGCAAAGGAGAAGGAGUAGGAGAGCCUUAGGAUUUUUGAGGAAAAAAAAAAAACCUAUAACAUACAAUGUACUGUAUCAAACUAUUUUACAUGAAUGACACAAGUAUUCUGAAUUAAAAAAAAAAUUGAACAUUGUUAAAAACAAGGUGUUAUGUAAUAAAUUUAUUUUUCUUAAAUCAAAA